CACCCUCCCUUAAUCCCUUGUCCUGAGCUCAGCAUCUCUGCCCACAUCCUCUCUGUCUGUCCCAUCCCUUCUACCUUUUUCCCUCAUACUCUCCUCCAUAAGUAGACUCGGGGGAUAUAUCAACUCAUCCAUAUAGUAGCGCACAAACAGGCCCAGAGAGAGAGAGAGAGGAAUCCAUGGAAGAGGAAGCUAAGGAUGAAAAGAAGAAACCCAGUAGGAAGUGGACACCAAUGGAGAGGAGGUCUCAUCCCACCACCCUAAGGGAGUUAUCCAACUCUAGUCAGCACCCACUCCAUGAUGGAUACUAUUAUCAGAGGAGAUACCAGGCCUACCCAGCACUUCUCCCCCUCCCUCUCCCUCUACCUCCCCCAAUACUCCUUCAGCUCCCUCCAACACCACCUCUCCUCCAGAGCAACGUUCCUAAAUCAAAACCUCACGGCCAGAAGUCCUUGUGGAAAAAGAAGCCAGCUCAUGCUGCCUCGUUGGAAACCCAGGUUGCAGUCUUGCCUAUUCCUCAAGCUAUGGAGGUCAUCCAACAGAAAACUAAUCCCUUACCAGGAAAGAAAGGUGCUGCAGUGGAUGGAAAAUCUUUAAAUUGCCACACAGAACAUGUGGGUGGUCCUCAAGCUACGGUGGCAGCCCGAAGGCCGGAUUCUGGCGGCGAUGAAGGCUCUGUUAUUCCCCUUAUUGCCAACCAUUUCCCUGUCCAAUUUGAUCCCUCACAAAAAAUUUUCCAUUAUAAUGUUGAUAUAUCUCCAUGUCCAUCCAAGGAAAUUGCACGGCUGAUCAAGAGGAAGCUGGUGCAGGAUCACUCUGAUAUGCUUUCUGGUGCACUGCCAGUCUUCGAUGGUCGGAAGAAUUUAUACAGCCCUGUUGAGUUCCAAGGUGAUAGGCUUGAGUUCUUUGUAAGUCUACCAAUUCCCUCGGCCAAAUUCUUGCCUUCCUAUAAUGGUGGUAAUUUGUUUGGGAAACAGAAAUCUAAACUCUUCAGGGUAAACAUUAGGCUAGCUUCCAAACUAAGUGGCCUGGAUUUGAAUAGAUAUUUAAAAGAAGAGGAUGAUGGUAUCCCUCUUCCUCAGGAUUAUCUUCAUGCUUUGGAUGUAGCCUUGCGCGAGAGCCCGACAGAGAAUUGCAUUCCUAUGGGCCGGUCAUUGUAUACCAGCUCCAUGGGAGGAGUCAAAGACAUUGGUGGAGGAGCUGUGGGAUUGAGAGGAUUCUUCCAGAGUCUUAGACCAACCCAACAAGGCCUAUCUCUUAAUGUUGAUUUCUCGGUGACAGCUUUUCAUGAAAGCAUAGGCAUCAUCCCUUACCUACAGAAGCGCUGCGAGUUCCUACGAGACCUUUCACAGAGGAAAACCAGGGGAUUGGUGGGAGAAGAGAAGAAAGAAGUUGAGAAGGCCCUGAAGAACAUUAGAGUCUUUGUCUGCCAUAGAGAAACAGAUCAGAGAUACCGGGUUUUUAGCCUUACCGAUGAAGCAACAGAGAACCUCAAGUUCAGAGACAGAGAUGGGAAGGAUCUGAUGUUGGUGGAUUAUUUCAAGGAUCACUACAACCAUGACAUUCAAUUCAGAAACCUUCCAUGCUUGCAGAUUAGCAGAAGCAAGCCAUGUUAUCUGCCAAUGGAGCUCUGCAUUGUGUGUGAAGGCCAGAAAUUUCUUGGAAAGCUUUCUGAUGAGCAGACCGCAAGAAUACUUAAGAUGGGCUGCCAGAGGCCUGGAGAGCGGAAAGACAUCAUCAAUGGCGUCGUGGGAGGUGCAGUUGGCCCGACAAGUGGAUGCUAUGCUGAUGAGUUCAAGAUACAAGUUUCAAAAGAGAUGACCCAGCUUUGUGGAAGAGUCCUUCAGCCUCCCAAACUAAAACUCGGUGAUGGUGGUCAUGUUAGAAAUAUAACUCCAAACAGACAUGACCGGCAGUGGAACUUGCUCAACAGCCAUGUGGCCGAAGGUUCCCAAAUAAGGAGGUGGGCUCUGAUAAGUUUUGGUGGCACCCCGGAGCAGCGGUCCUGCAUCCCUAAGUUCAUAAACCAGCUCUCUAAUCGGUGCGAGCAGCUUGGCAUAUUUCUGAACAGGAACACAAUCAUAAGCCCAUUAUAUGAACACAUGCAGGUGCUGAACAAUGUGUCAACUUUGGAAGCCAAGCUCAAGAAAAUCCAUGAAGCUGCAUCAGGGAACCUCCAACUUCUCAUGUGUGUAAUGGAGAAGAAGCACAGGGGCUAUGCUGAUUUCAAGAGAAUUGCCGAGACUGGUAUAGGUGUAGUGAGUCAGUGCUGUUUAUAUUCCAAUCUCAGUAAGCUCAGCUCACAAUUCCUGGCGAAUUUAUCUCUUAAAAUCAAUGCAAAGCUUGGUGGCUGCAAUGUAGUACUCUAUAACACUUUACCCUGCCAAAUUCCGAGGAUAUUCAGAGAUGAUGAACCGGUGAUCUUUAUGGGUGCCGAUGUCACGCACCCGCACCCGCUCGAUGACUUCAGCCCAUCUGUUGCGGCUGUUGUUGGCAGCAUGAAUUGGCCUGCAGCAAAUAAGUACAUUUCUCGGAUGAGGUCUCAGACGCACCGGCAAGAGAUCAUCGAAGACCUGGAAGAGAUGGUAGGCGAGCUACUCGAGGAGUUCUUCCUUACAGUUGACAAACUCCCAUGUAGAAUUAUUUUUUUCAGAGAUGGCGUGAGUGAGACUCAGUUCUACAAGGUGCUGAAGGAAGAGUUGCAGGCCAUCAGAGCAGCAUGUUUGAAGUUCCCCAAGUACGAGCCCACCAUCACCUUCGUAGUAGUCCAGAAGAGGCACCAUACAAGACUCUUCAUAAAUGAGAAGAAUGCCUCUUCUUGCCAGUUUGUUGAUGAAAACAUACCACCUGGAACUGUUGUGGAUACCGUGAUAACACAUCCAAGGGAAUUUGAUUUUUAUCUGUGCAGUCAUUGGGGGAUGAAAGGAACAAGCAGGCCGACUCAUUACCAUAUCCUGUGGGAUGAGAACAAUUUCAAAUCCGAUGAAGUGCAGAAGUUGAUUCAUAAUCUCUGCUACACAUUUGUGAGAUGCACCAAACCAGUUUCUCUUGUGCCACCUGCAUACUAUGCUCACCUUGCAGCAUAUAGAGGCAGAUUGUAUCUCGACAGGUCGGACUCCAUGCCAUGUGCCCGGACUACACUAUCUCGAGCCGCUCCUCUGCAAACUGCACCAUUGCCAAAGCUUCGAGACAAUGUCAAGAAGCUUAUGUUCUACUGCUGAUAUUGUGUAAAAAGAGUUCAUUUAAAAGAUUUCUUGUUUGAUCUAUCAGUGCGGCAUGAUCAGAAUUUUCCUUCCCAUUGGUUUGAUGCGUGAAAGCAGACAAUGAAAUGCUGAACUUAAUUACUGAAGUUUUUUGAUUCCUGGAAUAGCUGGAUUCUUCAAUGCUGACUAGGUAACUUGUGCAUCUCAGUCUAAAUAGGAAUCUUGUAUUUGUGUGUAUAUGUUUGUGAAAUGUUCAAGUGUGCCAACCAGUUAUGAAUUGUGGGACCAUUGUACUGGCUGAUGCUACUACUGCCGAUGUUUUUUGUAAUGCAGUGGAAACAUCAUCCAUUUGGAGCUAUCAUUCUCAAUGUAGUUCACUGUAGUACCACUCUUUUUCCA